AUGUCGGGAUCUUCUGGAUAUCCUGCUGCCAACAACGGCGAACAAUUGGAUUCACUAUUUGCUCAGCUUCGAAAUCAACAGACGAGCAAACCCCCAAAUCUUGAACCCAGCUACACCUAUUACAACAACAACACAAAUAAUAACGGUUACUUUCAACCUGCGUCAUCGCAACAACAUCACGAUUAUCAUCAAGCCUCGGUCACGUCUGCGAUUCCUACGCCUUCUGAAGCUGGAUCGCAACCUCACCACAGCUCCGCAAUCAUGAGUCCCGCUGAUACACCUCAAUUCCGUAGCAGUCCUGCUGCGAGUCGACCACCGAACAAUGAUGGCGCGUCCAACCUACUCAACUUACUGAAGUUCAGCCAACCGUCGGCAGCCUCUUCAAGUCAACAAGGCCCCAUUGGUCCCCCGUCUACCAAUGUGUCCCGCGCAGCUCCUGCAAGUUUCUCGGGCUCUGAUAUCCUCAGACAAGUUGGCACGGCUAACCAUGAUGACUCUCGAUCUUCCGAUCUCUUGGCUACUCUCUUGGGUCAAAACAAGUCGCAGACCACUCGUCAAUUCGCCAAACCCUCAGAGCCCCCUCAAUCGAGCUUUGCCGCAGCUUCUUCUCCACCUGAGCAAACUCAAGCAUACCUCCUGCAGCUCUUGAAGCCGAAGCCACCUCAAAGCGACGAAGAACCCCAAAUCAAGCAUACCAAGAUAUUGACACCCCCAAGCAAGGCUGUAUCUGAAGAUGACGUUGGAGAGGUUACUCAAGCGAUGGAAGAUGCAUCUCUUGAGAUGAACAUGAUGGGCUCCGCGGCGACUGAAAACAUCCCAGGAUUUGGCAAAGAGAAUGUGCAAGACACCACACCAAAGAGUUCACAGGGAAUGUUCACCUACGUCAAUCCCUUCGAGCAGCUUGCCGCCUCUUCUCCCCGCCAUCGCACACCCAAGAACUCCACAGCAGCUCCUGCGCCCGCCGGUAGCCCGAUCUUCCAGAUCUUGAAGAACCCCCGUCAAGACUCUUCUUCAGAUCACAAACGCAAAGUAGAGGAGCGAAGUUCCAUGCCGAGCCCAGCUCAUACAAAGCGCAAGAUCGAGCCCGUCUCGCAAGCUUCUUCCGAUCCACCCACUCCUUUGCCGGACGGCCGCACCCAGGUCGAAGCAUUGAUUGGUAUCGGUGCUUCUGAAACCAAAGAGAGCGUCCAAGAUGCGAUUGACGUAGUUGGAGAUCAGGUCGACAGACAGGUCCAAGAAGCUAUUGCACGAGCUGAGCAAGAUGAAGUCCAAGUUACGAUUGAGAAGGAUAUAGAGGAUAUGCUUGAUUCCAAGACGGAGCAGGAGUUCAAGGAGGCGGCUCAAGUCACUGCUGAAGUCAUUAAGAACGAAUUGGACAAGGAGGAAAACAGCGGCGCUCUUGAUGACUUACCCACACCACUUGCUGAAGAGGUUAAGGAUAUCAUUGAAGAUGUCGCCCAAGGUCACAUUGCCGAUAGUUGGGAGAGUGCAGACAACGAAGAUAGCCCCGUCAAGGACGAAGAGGAGACGAUGAUCAAAGUCUACAACUUCCCAAUGCGACCAUGGACUUCAAUUACAGUCAAGCAACAUGGAGAACGCCGUCCUAGCUUCAGCGAUGACUCGUUCGUUGACAUUGCUCGCUUGAAGAAGGAGUUUGAUCAGAUUGACCGGAUCCUCGUCACCGCAUCAAACAACUUCAUCGUUUAUGGAAUGUCUAAGAACGGAGGACUUCGGAUCAUUCGGCAAGAAGAUGGUACUGAUACAAAGCUCUUCACUGAGACGCAUGAUCGCAUCUUUAGUGUCGUUGUCUCUGCCUCUUCAGCUGAGCAAAAAGAGGCUAUCAUCGGCACUGGCAUCAGUGGUACCGUUUAUUGGGCUCUCAUCAAGGAUGGUGAAGGCGAUCAUAUCGAGGACUCCAACCCUGAGACCCACGCAUUCGCGCUUCCGCCAAUUCAUUCUCAAGAGACAGAGUCCCCAGGUGGAGUCUUGAAGACUCGAGCACGAAAGAGUGCCAGUCACCCAGACUUUUUCGCUGUUGGUCGCGGAAAGUUCAUCAACAUCAUCUGGCCAGGAGUCAUUCUCAAGCAGUCCUACCUGAAAAACGGCAAGGACCGCAUUGUUGACACUGACAGGUAUCUCGCCAAGCACUCUCUUAAGGUCAACACUGGAAAGGCAGGAAAGGAUUUCACCUUCAGCGAAGAUGAUACAACAAUUGUAUCACUCGACAAGGCCGGCAGAGUCAAGUUCUGGGACGUUCGUGACCUGACCGCAGCUCAUAUCAUGGAUAAGCCUUCUGAGUCUCAAAACAUCGAGAUCAAGGAACCUUUGAUUACUUUCACUACCACUCCAGCAACUGAGAAGUCGUGGCCAACUUCCGUCAUGUUUGUGGACAAGCUCCGACCAUUCCAAAGAGGUGGUGCGUUGCGAUACCUCGUUGUCGGAAUGAAGCAAAACCACACUCUUCAAUUGUGGGAUCUUGCUCUUGGAAAGCCUGUACAAGAAAUCCACCUUCCUCAUAGCAAGGAGUCGGACGCUGUCUGCAGUGUUGUCUACCAUGCUGCUACUGGUAUGAUUGUUGUUGGUCAUCCAACGCGCAACUCGAUCUAUUUCUUGCACUUGUCGGCACCGAAAUACACCCUGCCUAAGAACCUCAACCAAGCCGAGUAUAUGCAGAGACUUGUCGCCAAUGAUCCUGACUUCAAGAAGCCAGACUCUACAGCCGUGAUGAGUGGUAUGCGUGAAUACUCAUUCGAGAACAAGGGCCAACUCCGAAGUCUUGAUAUCCUCCAGACACCAAAUUCGGCAAACUCUUCAGCUGAGCCUCCUCGUACCCUCUUCGAGUUAUAUGUCAUGCAUUCAAAGGGUGUCACUUGUCUGAAUGUCAAGCCUGCCACGCUUGGAUGGACCUCUGACAAUAAAGUCAUCUACCCAGUUGUUGCUGACAAAGUCAACAUGGUCACCAUCGACACGCUCAAGGAGAUUCCAGCCACAAUUGAGGCCAGUGAGCCGUCAAAUCAAGUCUCGAUGCCAACUCGUAUCGUACCUCGACCAGCAACCAAGGAGACCUCUAGAGAACCCCCUAAGAAGUCUGGCCAUAGCGAACCUGCAGCAUCCACCUCGAAGGUUGAGGACAAGCCAGAAAAGAAGGAUUUGGCGAUCUCUAAUGGCGGUAUGGCUCAGACCAGCGGUCCUGAAAAGGCCGAGAAGAAGAAGCGUAGAAAGGGCACUCAGAACUCCGAGCAUGCAGCAGCUGGUCCUUCCCACAUUGGUCAACCAUCAAAGCCUAUUGUCCUCGAUCCUUCCUCCAACGUUCGGAAUGGAAAUUUGAACAAGGCCCCGGUGAUUGUACCUCAAUACGAACUUGCUACUGCGUCAGCACCUGCUCGUGAGAUCAACGAUGACACCCUCAAGGAGAUUGAAGCUCGUGUCUCUGGCGAAGUCAAGAAAUUGUUCGGCGACUCUCUUGAAACCCUCUAUCGGAACAUCAAGGAAGACAGACGCACCCAAAUUGCUGUAGCAGAUGCCAAGCAAGAUGCCAUGCUCCGACUUGUGUCGAGCACCUUGUCUGAUAACAUUGAGGCUACUCUUGGCCAAAUUGUCAAUAAAGGCAUCCAGCAGAGUGUUCUUCCAGCCAUUUCAGAUGUUGUAUCCAAAGCUGUGGCUGAGCAGUUGGGCUCCAGGCUGAAUGCUCAUAUUGCUCAAGUCCUCCCCAAGGAGCUCAAGGUGGCCCUACCAGACAUCGUCACACAUGCUUUGAACCAACCUCAACUCCAGAAGAUCUUCGGCGAAUCUGUGGCAAAGAACAUGGCGUUCCGUGUCGACGAACAACUUAAGACCAUGCUUUCCACUGUCGUUGUACCUUCCUUCCAGAAUAUGGCCAUGUCGUUAGUCAACGAUGUUCAACGUCAGGCAACCGAGCAAAUUCAGGCUAUAGAGCAGCAACGCCACACCGACAGUAUCAAGAUUGAGCAGCUCACCCAGCUCGUGGCUGGGCUGACCAAUUCCAUUACAUCUAUGGCUCAAUCUCAGAGUGAUUUCCAAGCCGAAUUCCUAAAGCUGAAAGCUCAAUCUGUGUCGGAUAGGCGUCAAGGCAGUCAAACCCAGGCCGAGGCUUCUCGCGUGUCCAGGACUUCCACAUCCCUCACCGGUCCCAUUGAUGAGAAGACACCAGCAGAGAUUGAGUAUGAGAACAUGCUGGCCGGUAUCACCACUGAUAUGAGCACCGGUGACUACGAGAGCGCCGUGAUUAAGUGGCUGCAGACAAAGCGAGAGCAGGAAUUCUUCGCCGCUUACUUCUCCAAGUUUAGUCCAGACUUUGUCCGCGAGCUGACGCCACUUUUGCUUCUAUCUCUCGGGGCUACGAUCAGCAUCAAGCUCGAUGAUCAGCUCAUGAACGAACGUAUUGCGUGGAUGGAGACGCUUCUUUCGGCUUUCCAAACUCAUGUCAGCAAUGGCACCAUUGAUGACCAAGUCCGAGAGCUCAUCCCAAAGAUCAUGGGCAUCUAUACACAACGUGUUGAGCAUCUCUUCAUGCGCAUCAGCCAAAUUGCUGCCAAGGAUCCUGCUCUGAAGCGACUUUCUCAAAUCGUCACCAGUGCCAAUCGUAUUCUGGAAACUGCUCGUCCCUACGAUUAUAACGAGGAGCUCCCAGCUGAGUUAGCCUAUCCACCUCACGCUUCCGGUAGCGGCCGUCGUGCUAUGUGA